GAGGGAGGAUCUGCUCGGUAUAAAUGUUUAGUGUCCUUUAGGCAGCCACGGUAUUAUAGUGAUGAUUUUAAUAGUCUUAUUUUCCUCUGUUGACUAGAAAGAGAUUUAAGAGGAUUUCUCCUAAUACCCUGUCAUGUCCAUGCACUUUAAAACCUGCAGACAGCAGUGUCAAAAGACAGCUAUUCCCAUCGCUAACCUAUUUCUUUUGCACAUUUUUCUGUGUGUCAAUGAAAAGGAGACGAUUUUAUAUUUGGUCAGUCUUCCUUUUUUUGUCAUUUGGAUUUAACAAAUCAUCUGGGCUUAAUGGAUUUACAACUGGAGGACCAUAAAUAACUGCAGCAAGGGUGACUAAUGACAGACUUUGAAUGCUGGUAAAAAAAAAUGCUGGUGCGAAGCAAAUAAUUUAGGUUAGGGGGGACAGUGAGUCAUGCACAGUUCAAGGAGAAAAUAAAGAGAUCAGGUUGCGAUUGAAUAAAAGUCCUUCUUUUGUUCGGGGAAACAAUUGAACCUUGCCAACACCUUCAAGAGGACCCUUGUGACCUGAUCACAAGGGUUUGGACUAGAAAGCCCUUUCUCCUUGGUUUUGAAUGAACUGCGCGGAAAGGCUGGGGAGCGCUUGUCACUGAACAGAGAACAAACGUAGCUGGGGGCAGAAUGUGCAGAGAGACGCACAGAAGACUGUUCCACCAGAAGUGGUGUGGUGUAGCUGAACGGGGGAUUUAAGUUAGGCAGAUUCUCUAUGUGCACGGCACAUGUAAAUGAAGGAGAUCACGCAGAGGGGGUUUUGUUGUGGCAUGGUUCUAUUUGUGUGAGGAUGCUUAUGUAUCGCAGAGGCACAUAAAGGAUACUAAGGUCUGGAAUGAAAAAGAAGCCAAAAUGGAAGGACUUCUUUCGCCAAUGAGAACGAAGAUGACGGAGGGGCGGCGAUGUCAGGUACAUCUCCUCGACGACAGGAAGCUAGAACUCCUCGUGCAGCCCAAACUGCUGGCGAAAGAUCUGUUGGACCUGGUGGCUUCCCACUUUAAUCUGAAAGAGAAGGAAUAUUUUGGAAUAUCGUACACGGAUGAGACGGGGCAUUUCAGUUGGCUGCAGCUUGACCGUCGAGUGUUGGAACAUGAGUUCCCCAAGAAGUCUGGGCCAGUUGUGUUGUACUUCUGCGUCAGGUUUUACAUUGAAAGUAUAUCCUACUUGAAGGACAAUGCCACAAUUGAACUGUUUUUCCUAAAUGCAAAAUCAUGUAUCUACAAGGAACUCAUAGAGGUUGACAGUGAAGUGGUCUUUGAAUUGGCUUCCUACAUUUUGCAGGAGGCAAAAGGGGACUUCACAAGCAAUGAAGUCACAAGAGCUGACUUGAAGAAGCUGCCAGCACUCCCAACGCAAGCACUGAAGGAACACCCUUCCCUUGCUUACUGUGAGGACAGAGUCGUAGAGCACUACAAGAAGCUGAGUGGUCAGUCCCGAGGCCAAGCAAUUGUCAAUUAUAUGAGUAUUGUGGAAUCACUUCCCACAUAUGGAGUUCAUUAUUAUGCUGUAAAGGACAAGCAGGGUAUUCCUUGGUGGUUAGGACUGAGCUACAAAGGAAUUUUUCAGUAUGACCAUCACGACAAAGUUAAGCCAAGAAAGGUGUUUCAAUGGAGGCAGCUGGAAAACCUUUACUUCAGAGAGAAAAAGUUUUCUGUGGAAGUUCAUGACCCUCGCAGGGCUUCAGUGACUAGAAGGACCUUUGGGCACAGUGGCAUUGCAGUGCACACAUGGUAUGCCUGUCCUGCACUGAUAAAGUCCAUCUGGGCUAUGGCUAUUAGCCAGCACCAAUUCUAUCUGGACAGAAAACAAAGCAAGUCAAAAAUACAUGCAGCGAGAAGCUUGAGUGAAAUUGCCAUUGACUUGACAGAAACUGGAACUCUGAAAACCUCUAAACUUGCCAACAUGGGGAGCAAGGGCAAAAUAAUCAGUGGCAGCAGUGGAAGUCUCCUGUCCUCAGGUUCCCAGGAGUCUGAUAGCUCCCAGUCUGCCAAGAAAGACAUGCUGGCUGCACUAAAAUCCAGGCAGGAAGCUCUGGAAGAGACACUACGCCAGCGUCUGGAGGAACUCAGGAGACUCUGCAUACGAGAGGCGGAGCUGACGGGGAAGUUGCCUAAGGAAUACCCCUUGGAUCCAGGAGAACAACCGCCUACUGUCCGCCGGAGGAUUGGCACUGCCUUUAAACUGGAUGAGCAGAAAAUCCUGCCGAAGGGAGAGGAGGCAGAACUGGAGCGCCUGGAACGGGAGUUUGCCAUCCAGUCGCAGAUCACAGAGGCGGCACGACGACUUGCCAGUGAUCCCCAUGUCAGCAAGAAGCUGAAGAAACAGAGAAAAACCUCCUACCUGAACGCACUGAAGAAACUGCAGGACAUCGAGAAUGCCAUCAACGAGUACCGCAUCAAAUCUGGGAAGAAACCCACACAGAGGGCUUCACUUAUCAUCGAAGAAGCAAAUAUUGGCUCUGAAGACAGCUCUUUGUCAGAUGCCCUUGUUCUGGAAGAUGAUGAUUCUCAGGUGACCAGCACCUUUUCCCCCACUGCCUCCCCCCACAAAGGCUUGCCUCCGCGGCCCCCGUCCCACAGCAGACCUCCUCCACCCCAGUCCCUGGAGGGGCUCCGGCACUUACACUACCAGCGCACCGACUAUGACAAGUCUCCCAUCAAGCCCAAAAUGUGGAGCGAGUCCUCCUUAGAUGAGCCAUAUGAAAAAGUGAAGAAGCGCUCUUCCCACAGUCAUUCCAGCAGCCACAAGCGAUUUCCUAGUUCAGGGAGCUGUGCUGAGGCUGGAGGGACCAACUCGCUACAGAACAGCCCCAUCAGGAGUCUCCCUCACUGGAACUCUCAGUCCAGCAUGCCGUCCACUCCAGAUCUACGGGUACGCAGUCCUCAUUACGUCCACUCUACCCGCUCAGUCGACAUCAGCCCCACUCGACUGCACAGUUUAGCACAGCACUUUAGACACCGGAGCUCCAGCCUGGAGUCGCAGGGCAAGCUGCUGGGCUCAGAGAACGAGACGGGCAGUCCAGACUUCUACACCCCGCGGACACGCAGCAGUAAUGGCUCCGACCCCCUGGACGACUGCUCCUCCUGUACCAGCCACUCGAGCUCGGAGCACUACUACCCCGCCCAGGGUAACCCCAACUACUCCACGUUAGCAGAGGACUCCCCGUCCAAAGCCCGGCAGCGCCAGAGGCAGCGGCACAAGUCAGCCAGCAACCUGGGUUCCUCUAACUCGGGGAGCAUGCCCAACCUGGCAGCCAAGAACGGCGGCGCCCACCAUGGGGUGUACCUCCACAGCCAGAGCCAGCCCUCGUCACAGUACCGCAUCAAGGAGUACCCCCUCUACAUCGAGGGCAGCCCCACCCCCGUGGUUGUGCGCAGCCUAGAGAAUGACCAGGAGGGACACUACAGCGUCAAGGCCCAGUUCAAGACCUCCAACUCCUACACGGCUGGGGGGAUGUACAAGGAGAGUUGGCACGGGGAGGAGGGGGAAGGGAGCGGCCGUCUGACCCCGUCCCGGUCACAGAUUGUAAGGACUCCCUCUUUGGGGCGGGAAGGCGGGAACAGGACUGCUGUGUCGGAGGAGCUGCGGUGCUGGUACCAGCGCUCCUCGGCUUCCCUCAAAGAGCACAACAGACUCUCACACACCAGCUCCAACUCCUCCGACAGCGGCUCGCAGUACAGCACACUGCAGGGCUCCUUUGUGGCUCACAACCGGGGAAACAGGAUGACACAGAUCUCCAAAGGUUCGUCAGCCGCCUCUCCUCGCAGCCAGAGGAGCGUGACGCCGUGUAGCGAGCCUGCAGCCACCCCGCCCAGCAGUCCUCAGCACAUCCUUAGCUGGCAGAGUGGCUCUUACAAUGACAGCUGUUACCUGGACAGCUCCCUAUACUCUGAAUUAGCAGAUGUCCAAUGGUAUGGGCGGGAAAAGGCCAAGCCGGGGACUCUGGUUUGAUUUCCUCUUGUUCACAGAAUUGCCCCCAACAUCAAUGUCCUUCAGAGAUCGCAACACUGUCUCUCAAUGUUUGUCUUACAUGGGUAGACCUACCCUUCAGAAACUGACUUUCAGCUCCAAGCACUUUUUAUUUCACAACAACCAGAAAAGGUGAGGCACCAGGAUGUUUUGGCCAAGCUGGGCUGUGCGAUCUGCCAUUUGGACGAAUUGGCACUGUUACUCUUGGGCUACCAAACAAUGAGCUAUAAGGAUACCAGCCUCUGACCAGGAGGUGCCAUUGGACCCCAUGUAACACCAGCCCUCAACAAACUAACAGCCAGAGCUGUAUGCACAAAAUAGAAUUCUUGUUGAAUUGCUGAGGUUACCAAAAGAAAAAGCCACUAGAUCAUGAACAGCUUUUUAUUUCCAAUGCAAUACAAAUACGUCUACACUGAAGAGUGAGCCCCAGGACUGACAGCGUAUUGUCAGGCUUCUCAGAGUUCUCAAUGAUCUUUCAAGUACAACUUUCUGUUGAUCGCUGCAGGAACAACAUGACUAAAACCAGAGGGAAUUGAAUUUACCCACUUGCUAUGGCUUGUUAUUUUGGACCAAUAUUUUUGUUUUGUUUUGUUUUAUUUUUAUAAAAGAGAUUAAAUGUUGAAGAUGGACUUCUCUAAUCUUUUGAAAAUAUUGAAAAAUAUUUUUUAAAAAGUGUUUUUCCCCAUCUGUUUUGACAUAAACGAAGACUCAACAUCCCCAGUCAAAAAAUGCUUUUGUGACUGGUUGCAUUUCCUGAACAUCAAGUGUCCACGGGCUGCAGAAAACAUAAAUUGACAGUGGUGCAUCUUGUUAGCUUCUGAACUACCAAAGAUCAAAGAAAGAAUGGAAACCAUGAAAGAUAAUGGGACUUUUCAGAGGUUUACCUGACCGAUCUUUCAAGUGAAGAAACACCAGCCUUCAUAUAGCACAGUGUCUGAUGCCUCGUUCUUGUGCAACGUGCAGAAUCAAAAAUGUUGGACUUUCUCUGGGUGUUCUCUUAGUAUUGUUCAAGUUGGAAAAUUGUACUUCAUUUCUGUUCUUUUUUCCUGCUGACUGCCCCCAGGCGAUUCACGAUAAAUCGAAAACUCACCAAAGGCAGAGGAACAGUGUUCGCUCCAUACAUUAUAGUUAAGCCUUUUUUUGACUGCGGGUCAGAUAAAUGGCGCACAGAGGUCCAGUUCCCCUUUUCAGCAUUAAAAUUAAGUCACAUACGCUGUUUCAGUAUAUGAGCAUGUUGUUUGUCUGCAAAAUAUAUGCCCAUUACUCUCAAAGUGUUUUUAUAAGGGUUCAGAUCCAAAUACAGUAAGAAUGCCUAACAGAUAAGUAUCAAUCCCCUUAUUCUCUGCAACAAAAAGAAGUAUCCUGGAAAUUGGAUAGGAAAUCAAGCCAAUCUCUCAUGUCCUUAGCUCAGGCUAAGAGGAUGACAUUCUAAACACAACUUUUCUUUGUAAUGAUUUUGAGACAGCCUCAUCCACACGGGCUCAUAUCUCAGGCUUCUACCAAUACCCUCCUUUUCCACAUGUUGGCAAAAGCAGGGUUCUGUGCCCACACCGGUGCUAUACACAUUGGUGCUCUGAUGCUUGUACUGUAACAUCACUGAAACAGCUUUUUAACAGGCCUGCUUCACAAGAAGUAUUACAUCGUACGUAAGUUGAUGAUAGCUUUCUGUUUUCCCCAGUCUGUGGGGAUACAAGCAUGCUAUCUUCAUUUUACAUUUAAUGUGUAAAUUACAUUUUUUAUCAUACUCUGCCUCACGAGACAAAACACAGGUUUGUACUUAAUCUGGGUUUGUGUGGGAUCAAAAACUGCUUAACUUUUGGUGUAGAAUCAGAUGCUGUUAAAAACAGUAUACAGAUCUUAGAUGAAUAACCUUUGUAACCUUUCCUUUGAAAUAUGUUGAGCAGUCACUGUUGCAGGAUGUGAUGUACUUACUGUGAGACAUUUGUUUUAAACAUUCACUCAAAGAAGUCUUUAAAAGUUGAUUUAAAGUAAAAAGAACAGGAACCCUGUAAUUUCUGCAGAAGUAUGCACAACAUGAGGAGUCAAAACAAAUACUAAAAUAAUAGCACACCUCAAGGAAUCGCAGCUUCUUUUCUGUCAACUUAGUUGAUAAAAAUUCAAAAAUUGAUCCAUUUUUUUCAGGUUCUUGUUUUUGACAUGAAGUCCUCUGCUUUCCUAAUUUCUUUUUUUUUCCCUCAAUGUUAAAUCAGUAGAAGGUGUCCUGAUUUAAGCUGUUGAUAAAAUACUCAUCGCUGAAAGACUAGAAAAUCUCUUACCACAAAACACACAAGAAUUAAUAGAACAUCCCAGUACAUACUGUAUGUGUGCAUCAAGGUUUUGUUGUGUAAAAUGGCACUUUCAAUAAAUAAAUCCAUUUAAUCAGAACAUCACAUGUGAAUAAUGGCAUGAAAUGUCAUCCUUCUUUUAAAAGGCCAAGAUAAUUUCUUAUUGAACAAGUUAAUUUCUUCUGAAAAAAGAAUUGUUUCACAGAAAAGAAAACAGGGUCUCAGUUCAUCACAUUGUCCUGUCUGAUAUUCUAUGGAAUCACAAAAUUUAUUUACUGUUGUAAGGCAGUUCUUUAGUGGUUAACGUGCACAAUAAGGGUUCCAAUCGUUUAUUACUAUUAACAGUGUGAAGAAGCCAUAAUGUUUACACUGAAGUAGCAGUUGCUAAUUUAACACUUCUCAGUACAUCUUGCAUGAGCCUUUCACCACCUUCAAUUUGAUCUGUUUUUUAAAAUGAUUUUAUUUUUUUACGAACUGGUUUGAAAAAGCACACCUUCUAUUUUUGUUUUUGGUGAGAUUAAUAAAAAUUGAACUGUUACAGCUAGACAGUGCCAUUAGUAUCGCCGAGGGCUUAGUUGCUUUUUAUGUUGAUCAAACAGUAAUAUCCUCUUAUUUCUUUCAUAUAAUAAUGUCAUUACCUCUAAUAUCCCAAAGUCUAUUUUUGAAGUCUGUUGAAGCUAAGUGGAUUUGAAAUGAGGUGGCAUUCUAUCAAGUACAGUAAUGCCCUCUGCCGUAGGAUUGAAUAUUUUGCUGAGGUUAGAACUGUCUUCUCCUCAGAUUCCUUUGAGAAUAGCACAACUGUGGGUGUUUGUUUCUUGUCUCAUGUGCUUGUUUCUUUAAAGUGUGGAAUGAAGACAGCAAUAGUGUAGAGCGCCAAGGAAAGGAAAAUGAGAGAGAUUAAUAAUGCUGCAGGACAAACAGUGUGAACAGCAGAAAGUAAGCAACCUUAUUGGUACAUGCUGAAAACAUUUUCUUAGCACAGCCGAGAUGACAACCUAAAUCUUUUUAUGACUUUUCAUCAAAUGGUCAUUUUUAGAGACAGUCGUCGUAUCUUUGUCCUUGCAUGCACGUUACACCACUUUGUUGAAAAUGGGCCUUAAAUAGCAAAACCAUACAUUCUUAUAUCUUUUCGUGUAUAUUCUUUUUUUAUCAUGGCAGAGCACUUUGAACAAAGGAGACCAAGCCUUAUACCUGAUGAUGAAGUCGUAAUGAAUUUUGUCCAUGAAUUCUCAGCUAUUCAAAUGUAUUUGUAGGAGUUUUUGGAAUGUAAUCUCUUCCUACAUUUUUUUUAAUCGCUAUUGAUGAAAAAUUACUAUAUCGGGCAACCUCAUCUUUAUGUGGUUUAGAGUACGCUGGUCUUAACGGAAUCUGUCCUUUCUGACUUAGUGGUAAGCUCUGAAACAAAACCCAAUGUAACGUGUUGUAAGUUCAAACUUAACAUCACACCAUUGCUGUCUUUAACAAAUACAAGAUUUUAUAGUUGCAAGGAAGGAUAACUUAAAAUCUCUCAAGAUUUAUAAAAGGGGGACAGUGUAUUUUAAAAGGCAUUGACCAUUGUUUUAAUGAUGUUCAAAGUUAUUUUUUAAGUCAGUAUUAGAUUUUAGUUUGGACAUAGUAACAACCCUUCCAGGUGCUACAAGAUGACCAGUUACUGCUUCGUUACCUAGGUGUAGAAUUUUACUUAUAUUGUCGUCAAUAGUUUUAAUAACAGUUGUGUAAAAUGAAGGACAUUAGUCUAAAAUACAACUAUAUAGGUCAUUCCCUCCAUCUGACAAUAGAGCAUGUAACAUGAUUUUAUUGGAUUCUGUUCAACCAUAAUCAGACAUUAAAAGGUGUAUGUUGUAGAAAACAAAUGUGGAAUUAUAAAGAAAAAUUCCACUGUUAAUUUAUUCUUUUUCUAUUAAGAAUUUGUAUAGUAACUUUACAUUUUUCAAAACCGUGUUGUUGGCAACUGAUAAUGAAUUUUCAAGAUGAGAAAAUUGGUGGUUCUUGAGAUUAUGAAAAAUAAAUUAUUGCUGAAUGUUCUCAAAA